AUGGCGUACGAAUUGAAAGACCGGACAACUUACAGUAACAAGGAGGCACAGAUCGGUGGAAAUCGGGAUGAUAUUCAGCUUCAGCGCCUGGGGAAGAAGCCCGUGCUAAAGCGAAACUUUGGGAUUCUGUCUUUGCUGGGCUUCAGUUGUACAAUCCUCUCAACCUGGGAGGGAUUACUGGGUGCCUUUGUGGAAGCUCUGGAAAAUGGUGGCUCUGCUGGUGCAGUCUAUUCUUUCAUCUAUGCUUGGACCGGUACUGGUUGCUGCUUUAUUGUCCUGGCAGAGUUGUCGUCGAUGGCACCCACCUCUGGAGGGCAAUACCAUUGGGUUGCCAUGCUGUCCCCGAGGAGAUAUAUGAGGUUUCUGAGUUAUGUCACAGGUUGGCUGACGACAAUUGGCUGGCAAGCUGCCUUUGCCUCGGCAUCCUUUAUGUGCGGAACCCAGAUCCAAGGCGUCGCCAUCCUUGUCUACCAGAACUAUAUGCCUCAACGUUGGCAAGGAACCCUAAUUGUAUGGUGCGUGCUCCUUGUGGCCUUGGGGAUCAACGUGGCGGGUGGAAAGCUUUUGCCUCGGCUGGAGAGUCUCAUUCUGGUGGUUCAUAUUCUUGGAUUCUUUGGGAUCAUGAUUCCCCUCGUUUAUAUGUCUGAUCACAACUCGGCCCGAGAAGUGUUCUUGGAAUUCAACAAUGGCGGUGGCUUCCCAACAGAUGGACUUUCCUGGUUUGUUGGAGCCACCGGCUGCGUCUUCGCAUUUGCUGGCGGCGAUGCUGCAGUCCACAUGGCCGAAGAAGUCGCCAAUGCAUCCACAGCCAUCCCGAAAGCGAUCAUCACUACGGUUCUCAUUAACGGUAGCUUGGGGUUCGGUAUGCUCAUUGCCGUUCUUUUCAGUCUUGGAGAUAUCAAGGCGGCUUUGAACAGCUCGACUGGAUAUCCAUACAUGGAAAUCUUCUACCAAGCCACUGGGUCCAUCUCAGGCUCCGCUGGUAUGGUUUCCGCCAUGCUUGUUGUUGGCGUGGCAUCCAGCGUCGGUAUGCUGGCCGCGACAUCUCGUCAGUUCUGGUCAUUCGCCAGAGACAGGGGUAUUCCUGGGUGGCAGCUUUGGAGCAAGGUUUCCUCUCGCAGCUUGCCAAUGUAUUCGAUCUAUAUCACAAUGACUAUCUCUGUCCUGCUAGCGCUGAUUAACAUUGGCUCACCAACAGCCUUGAACGACAUUCUUUCGAUGGCCGUGUCUGCCAUUUACACCUCUUACCUUGUUGCCGGGUCACUCCUUCUAUGGCGCCGCUCCACAGGCUUUAUCUCACUUUACAACGACAAUGAUGAUAUGACGGUCAACUUGCCCGGCGCAAAGUUAGUGUGGGGCCCAUUCCGCGUCCCCGGGAUCUGGGGCAUCCUGGUCAACGCCUACGCUGUUAUCUAUAUGAUUAUUGUGAUUUUCUUCAGCUACUGGCCAUCUAUGAUGCAUCCGACGGUUGCGGAAAUGAACUACAGUGUCGUGGGCACCAUGGGAUUUUUGAUCCUGGCGAUUCUGUAUUACUUUGUGUGGGCCCGCCGGAGCUACCAAGGUCCGGUGGUCGAAGCAAUGCUCUAA